AUGGGAUAUAAGGAGCGAAAGAAGUUCAUCUGCGCCCAAGGCCCAACGGAGACCACGGUGAACGACUUCUGGCGGAUGAUAUGGGAACACGGCUUGGAACUGAUCGUGAUGCUGACCAACCUGGAGGAGUACUCCAAGGUGAAGUGCAGCAAGUACUGGCCGGACGAGGUCCGUGGGAGUCGGGCUUUCGGGAAUAUCACGGUUCAUCAUGUUUCUGAGAAGAGAUAUUCGGACUACAUCGUGCGAGAGCUGAGGAUAUCGAAGCAGGCUUUGAACUCUGAGGGCCAACCGGUGGUUGAGAAUAAUGGGAACGCGAAACGAAACGGAGAUUGCGGCAUGGGCGAGCUGAGCGCCCCGACGUCUCCUCAGACGAAGAGCGAAAGCCGUCUCGUGCGUCAGUACCACUUCCUCAUGUGGAAGGACUUCGCCGCGCCCGAGCACCCUCACUCUAUACUCAAGUUCAUCAAGCGCGUGAACGAGGCGUGGUCGGUAGCAGUGUCCCGAGAAGUAGUGGUCCAUUGCUCGGCCGGGGUGGGUCGCACUGGGACACUGGUGGCUCUCGACUGCCUCUUGGAGCAACUACGCGAUACCAACUGCGUGUCCGUCUUCAACUGUGUGGCUGAGCUGCGGGCGCAGAGGAAUUUCCUUGUGCAAUCACUGAAACAAUACGUGUUCGUAUACCGUGCGUUGGUGGAGUACGCUCACUUCGGGGAUACGGAGAUCCCGGCCUCGCGGCUCAAGAGCGCCAUCGACAGACUCCGGAACACGCCCGAGGGUAGCGACAAGAGCCUCAUGGAAAUGGAGUUUGAGAAACUAAUCCGUCCGCCGGUGAUCGAGAGCGCCAAGUCGUGUGCGGCGGGAGGCGGGGAGGAAGUGAGGUCUCGGAACAGAUCCACCGAUUGUCUGCCCUACGACCGGAACAGGGUCAUCCUGGCACCUUUGCCCGGUCGGGACUACUCCACGUACAUCAACGCGUCGUUUAUCGAGGGUUACGACAAUUCAGAGGGCUUCAUAAUCACACAAGACCCACUCCCCAACACCAUCAUGGACUUCUGGAGGAUGGUCUCCGAGCACAAUGUUUCCACUAUCGUCAUGCUCAGCGAGUUGGGUGAAGGCAAGUGUCCGCGGUACUGGGACGACGGAACGGUGCAGUACGAGCACAUCUCAGUGGAGUACGAGGAGAGCGAGUCCUGCCCCUAUUACACCAGGAGACACUUCACCAUUACCAAUAACAAGAGCGGCGACUGGUGCGCCGUGCGGCAGCUGCAGUACCACGGCUGGCCGACGGCGGCGGGCCACGUGCCCGAGGUCACGCGGGGCCUGUGCGAGCUGGCCGAGCGCACGCAGCCCUCCGACCACGACAACACGCGGCCCGUCUUGGUGCACUGCCAAUACGGCACGGAGCGGUCGGCCCUGUUCGUGGCGCUGUGCAUCCUGACGUGGCAGCUCCGAGUCGAGAGACGCGUGGACGUGAGCGCCGUCGCCCGGAAGCUGCGCUCGCAACGGACCAACACCAUCGACACUGUGCUCCAAUACGAAUUCCUCCACCGUGCCAUACUGAACUACGCCGAGCUCCACAAUCUACUCGACGACAGCUAA